AGGGUGUCCGAAUAAUGGAACGCAUCGGGAGGUUGCUGGUGGUAGAGGGGCCCUAAAGUCUGCGGUGUUCUUGACGGGUGUUCCUCGAUGGUGUCGGUUUUCUAAUCAAAUUAAGCCAGGUUGAAGUUGACUCCGAUCUCAAGUGUUUAUCACCGCCUAAACGCGACAAUGCAGCACCGGUUUCAGCCUAAGCGCGACAGAAUCGUAUCGGACAAACCGCGUCCACUGACGUCCAAGUGAAACCUCCUGGAAGGGCCGAGCUGUUGAAAAAAAUCCCGCAUCCAGAUGAAGAUGCCUUUUCAGGGCCUCGCAGGCACGAACUUUACCUACUUCACGUUGCAGAAGGAGACGCCUUCGGCCCAGUUGCUACACCUGGCAGCACUGCAGGGCAAUGUCGCCUUGCUCAUCAAUGUGCUGGACAGCGGCAAAGUCUAUGUCGACUGCAAGGAUCAGGAAGGGACGACUGCACUCAUCCUUGCCUGUGCCAACAACAACUUUGAGUGUGCCAAGGAAUUGCUUGAGCAGAGUGCAAGUCCCGCUGCAAAGAGGGUGACGGGAACCACGGCUCUCUUCUUUGCGGCACAAGGAGGGUACCUGGACAUUGUCAAGCUUCUGCUAGAGCACUAUGCACCUGUCGACGCAGCGAGCGUGGAUGGUGGAACUCCGCUGCUGGUGGCCUGCCAGUGCAACCACCUUGACGUGGUGGAGGAGCUAGUCAAGUCCGGAGCCAGCAUCCACACGCAGAUGGCGGACCGCGCUACGCCCCUGUUUGUGGCAGCUCAGAACGGACACCUCAAGCUGGUUUCUUACCUGAUUUCUCACGGCGCCGACAUCAACGUCAAACGAACGGAUGGUGCCACAGCACUGUGGAUAGCCUCGCAGAUGGGCCACACGGCGGUUGUGGCCGAACUACUGGCCCACGGGGCAGAGGUGGAUUCGACGAGACACGACGGAGCAACCCCACUGUUCAAGGCAGCCCACAAAGGCUACGCGGGAUUGGUCGAACUGCUGGUCAAGCGCGGUGCCUCGCUCGGCCUCCUCAAGAAUGGGGAAAGUGCACUACAUGCGGCAGCUCUGUUUGAUCACCUGAAUGUUGUCAAGCUCCUCAUCGCUGCCGGUGCCGAUCCAGAACUUAGGAAUCAGGACGGCAUGACCCCCCUGGACCUGGCCCACGACGCGUCCAACGUCCAGAUCGUGGAGCACCUCCGGCAACACAUCGCGUCGCGUCGUCUGCCAGACUCCAGCCGGGCUUCCUGACGGGCUGUGCAGACGCUCCGACAGACCGAAGGAAGCAUUCUCAAAGCGACGGCUUCCUGACGAUCCAUGCGACGGAGUCGAAACCGCGGCGGCACGGAGAACGGACGGCUGCUUUUAUACUCUGGCCAUGUGUCUUUUUCUGGUCGCACUGGUCGCGUUUUGGGUUGGAACAUUGUUUGGGAGCUGCAGCAUUGGGUGACGGCCGGUUCACACGCUUGCGACUGAUUUUAACGACCGGAAAGGCUAAAAACCAGUUUUUAAGUUUCCUGUGACUGCUUGCGACCAUCUUGUAACCAGUCGCAAGGGGUUCGGAACCGGUUUUCGGCCCCUCCAAUCGUAGACGGUCGCAAGUGCGCGAGCCAGCCUUAAGGAGUUUCCCCAUCACGUCGCGUCGUAUCCGUCACUUCAACCAACAGCUCCUAGGCGGCGAAACCGUAAUGCUGGAGUUUCCUUGUCACCCAUAUUCGGCACUUAGCUUGAGCUCGCUUCUACACCGAUCGAGCACGAUUCUCGGUCACACGUCGACGCAGCACUCGUGUAAAAUACGUGCCUGCGCCGGCUUCGGGCAAAUGGCGUAGCAAACCCAGUUCUACGGCCUCGCUGCGCAAGAGUUGUUGCUCCCACCCGAACCCGCUGCAAUUCUCCAUAGAGAUAUAGGUGGCAAACAUGCAUUUUUAAGUUCCAAGAUUGAACUGCUUAGUAGUAAAAACUUUUACAUUUUUUUUUUUUAAAGAACUGAUGGUCGCUGCACGUUUAUUUUCGUAAGAUGACAGUAGUGGAUGGAAGCUAGGGCGAUUGAGAUUGCGCAGUAGUUUCGUCAACUUUUAGAUUUCGACGAAAAAAUAUUUUUGCGCAAUUUCUAAGUGCAGAACCUUAAGAAAACUUGCUUCCCCCAAUUGAGUAAACGUUGUGGAGACUUGCAACCGUCGAGCGACAUUGCACGUUCGACCAUUGUGGGAAGUUUUCGCUCCGAGAAAGGUUGAAGGAAAAUGCGAGUUUGGUUUAACCCUCGGUGAUUUUUUAAACUAUGGGCCAGCAUUUUGUGGGAAUGAAUUAAUUACCAUAUUUUCCGGGCUAUGGUUGUAGACUGUGCAUGUUUGGAACUCGAAAUUUUAGGCUGUGCGGACUAUCUAUGCAUGCAGACUGUAAAGAAUUUUGUUUUUCGAGAUUGUUCAUUAUGACGUUACGAGACAGAUUUUGUUAAUGAUGAUUUAUGUAUAAUACAAGCUUUUUUUUUUUGAGCUGAGAAAGCAGACAUUUGUGAAGGUGCACCGUUUAUGAGAAGAUUUUCGUGUCUGCUAAGCACCGGGUGCUGAUUGUGCACGGCGGGAAGACUAUGCACUGAAUGCAAACUAGCAAAAACUUUCUUUUUCGGCCUAAUUUGGCUUUGGCAAACUAUACAUCGGGCGUGGACUAUAGCCUGGAAAAUAUGGUAUUGUAAUGUAGCACCCGAUACUGUGGUGCAGAAAAAUUUAGAAACUUAAGUUGAAGGAAAAGAUAGGAGACAUUCUCCUACUGUCGUCUCUUCCUUCGGGUCGAAAAUUCCGUAAUCUUUACGCAUUACAGUCUCGUGUGCUACAUUAUCACCAGCUCGCCUUUUAUGAAUGAAUGUUGCCACUUUUACACCAUUUUAAAAGCACACAGAAGUGUGAUUUUUCGAAGACUAGCAUUUAUGUCUGUAUUUAUAAAGAGAAAACCACAACCCUUGUCUCUUUGUUUUGUUAAUUUAGACAAAAAAUUUUAGUUAAAAAUACUGUUUUUAAAUGUUCGUUUACAGUUAACGAGGAAACCUAAAUAUAUUGGCACGAGCCUCGCCUUUGCAAGAGCUUCAGUCUUUUUUUUUAGCUAAACUGGGUCUGGAUUGUUUCACACUUAUGAUUUGGUUACGGUUAGAGAUGAGGUGUAAGUACCGUGGUUGCAACCCAAACAUUCACGCUAGUGAAACACAGUAUGGCAAACUAUUUUGACCACUGUAUAUUAGCAGUAGAAAAUCUUAGAAAUUGAUUGCAAAGAAGUAAGUGCUGGUAAGUGCAACAUUAGUGUGUUGUCAUGCAUGAUAAAGAAGUUGAGAUAGAAUGGGUCAUUAGGGCAAACAAUGACCGACUAAAGCAGGGAAAUUCUUUUUAGAUAAUGCUAACGCAAUUUUAAUCAUAGAAAAUUUUGCAUCCCUGAAGCAGUGUUUGUGAACAUCUUGUUUGAGCUUCACAGAAAAAGAAAACGGUUUUAAAGAAAACGGUAUUUUAUGCGUGUAUGCAUGAUGAUGAGAUGGUUCAAUUCAUGUUGCAUGAAACAAAUGAAUGUGAGAGUACUAUAAAACAUUGCAAUUGAAACUGUGGCAUGUUCAAAAUUACCACAUAAACUCGCUGCAACAAUCUCGAGAUGUCGUACGAACUGAAUCGUGUAAAUAUGGAGGCACUGCAAGCCACAAUAUAGGGCGCUUCUGAUUUUACCUUAUUUUUUGUCUUCUGCUUUGUUACUCUCUAUGCUUCAGUACCUUUACAUAGAUUCGAAAAAUGUAGCUCCUACCAAAACUCGGAAGGAAACCCGACGUUUCAAAACCAACUCGGUUUCUUCUUCAAGGGUGACUGAAAGCAUGCAGAACAGCAGCAGCUCCUAACCUUUUCGUCUUCAAAAAAAGAAAUUAAAAAUUUGUAAAAAAUCUUUUUUAGUUAUGGAGACUAAUUUUUUCAGCUUUCUCGUCGGGUCACGAAGGCCAUGUGCGUUACACAGAGGGCAAUAAGCCGAGACACCUGUUUAGGUUUCUUGGCGUAUGCUGGAAUUGCCACGAUUCCAAGAAAAGUAUUCUUUGGAAAUUGGGCUCUGUGUCAACCACAUGCGCGUUCGCGAAGUCAGUGCGAUGGUUUAGGGCAGGGGUGGCCAGGCUGACCCGGCCUAAGAGCCACAAACAAAACCACGAAAUUUCCAAGAGCUGCAUGGAAGCAAACUUUUGUCCAGAGCAGUAAACAAAACUCUAACCAGUACCUUCAGUCUGUCCGAGUCAAAAGCAGUGGCACAAGACCAAACCGCAACCUAUCUUUCGAUUUAAAACUUGUCCCAUUUCUCCUUUUGGGGAAGUGCCGGGGGGGGCGCAGGGGGGGAGAGCUGUGAGCCGCACUUUAACACGCAAAGAGUCGCAGCUUGGCCACCCCUGGUCUAGGGAAUCGCAAUGUUCGGCGAUGGUGCUGCGCUCACUGUCAAACUUCAGCACGUCAUUCUUGUGUUGGCGGAUUCGCUCGGGAAAGUUCUUCGUCUCGUCGAUGUAGGUUGCAGGGCACUCUGGGCAAGGAAUGGUUUAAACCACGCCCUGUGCUUUUUCUUUCGGUAGAUGGUCUUUCGAUCUUGGCAUAAACCUUCCAAGUAAGGACGUGGGCUUGUGGGCCACCAGAAUACCUUCCUUUCCCAGUACUCGUGCGAGCGCUUCGCAGGUUCCCUUUACUUGGGGAAGGCUGAUGCGCGUGACGCAGAUCUAAAAUUUCGGCGGAUAAAAUAAAACAUUUUACUAGCCUCCCCAAUUGUAUGUUUCAUAUGACUGUUCCAUUUUAGGGAAUCCGCAAAUAGCACUCCUAGGUUAACAUACUCUGAAUACAGUACAUAAAACGGUCCCGUUGGUUAGGUAGCUUUGGGAAUCGUGCAGCUUACUUCUCAAGAAACGAAUGUUUGCAUUUACUUAAAUUUGGGCUCAUUUUCUGUUGAUUGCACCAAGAAGAUAAAAUAUUUGUUGGUUUGUAAUAUGGCAAGGUCGUCUGACGUGUUUCACUGUAUAAUACGCAGUCAUUGGUGAACAGUUUAAUAUGAGACUGUAUAUUUUCGGUGAUGUCAUUGAUAUAUAUCAGAAAAAGUAAAGGCCCCAAGACACUCCCUCGUGGCCCACCCAACGUACCCCGAGUUGGCGUUGAUACUGUACCGUUUAAGACAACAUGCUGCUCUCGGCCUUCUAAAUAAUUUCGUAUCCAGUUUAGGACGUUUGAAUAUAUGUUUAGGAAAUUGUUUAGCAAAGCCAAUUUAUUCAAUAAUAACUGAUGUGGGACCGUGUCAAAUGCCUUUUGAAAGUCUAAGAACACACAGUCGACAUAUUUCCUGCUGUCUAGCGAUCUGAUAUAUGAUUAUAAAAUUCUACCAGCUGGGUGUUGCAAGAGUAGCUGCUUCGAAAACCAUGCUGUGAGGGGGAAAAGAAGUGUUCUGAAUCGAGGAACGAGUAAAGGUUACUAAAAUAAAUAAUGUGUUCAAACAACUUACAUGAGAUCAAUGAACGAAAUAGGGCAAUAAUUUUCAUCACUGGCUUUAGAUCCCGAUUUAAAAACUGGUGUAACGUUUGCCAUUUUCCAAUUCAUUGGAACCAUCCCAGUCUUUAAAGAUUCACUGAACAUAACAAAAAGCUAAUGCGCUACAGACCAGCACGCGGCCCCGACGUCACGCAGCUGUGAUGGCGCUGUCGACGUCGCUGCUCAUGCGCAGACGCUUCACUUCUCCCGAAUUUGGUUUCUGCGCAUGUGCAAUGCCCACACCUGGUGUGGGCAAAGGAGCUCGUGAAUAGCGUGUCGGUCUAUAGAUUCACUGCAUUAAAGAAAAAUAACAGAGGAAAUGCCAUCAGGUCCGACGGCCUCGGUUGCAUCAAUUCCGCGCAGCAACUUCACGAUACCGUUCAUGUCGACUGUAAUGCUGCGCAUUACGCUUUGCUGCGUUUGGUAAGUCACUGAAGAUACCAGAUGCCGAGAGUCUUCCAAAAAUACCGACUUAAAAUGCGAGUUAAAACAUUCAACCUUCGCAUUAUCAGACACCACUGUACCACCAUCAACUGUCAACGCAUGGAUAGAAGUGUCAUCCUUUCUGUUCGUGUUAACAAACUUCCAGAAUUCUUUAGGGUUUCUUUUUGGAUUUUCGUGAAACUUGUCAAAAAACACUUUUUUGUUUAGUUUUAUUUGCAAUUUGAGAAGCUUAUUGAUUUCCUUGUACUUUUGCUCAGUUUGGACUGACCAACUUUUAGAAAGUUUUUUGUAAGCAUAUCUCGCUUUACCUACAAGUGUGGGGAUUUUUUACAUUAAACCAAGGUUUAUUUUUUUUACGCUUCCUAAUUUGUUUUGAUGGAAUAUACACCUCCGCAAGCUCUAGUACUUCACUAUUCUCCGAUAGAUGACUGAAUGUAUAAAAAUAGGAUUCAAGCUCUGCAUCGAUCACGCCAUAAUUACCUUUGUCGUACAAAAAUACUUUCCGUGAGCACUCCGCUAGCUUUCACGUUCCGGGCUCAGAGAGCUUAGCAACAACCGCGCAGUGAUCACUUAUGCCGGGAAGUAUAGUGACCUCGGAUACAACACCAGGAUAAUUUGCAUAGAAUCAAAUCCAAGACAGAAUUCCCUCGUGUCGGUUUUUUAACAUAUUGUUCGAAUCCAAAUACACUAAUCAUGUCAGCAAACAUUGAGUAAGUGCGGGGCUUAAAGAAGAAACCGAGUUGGUUUUGAAACGCUGGGUUUCCUUAGAAGUUUUGGUUACAGCUAUAUUGUUCGGACUUUAAUUCUCACCCAACCAAGCAGAUUUCUGCCGAAUAUCUUUACUUCCAACUCUGGUGGCGAAACGCAUCUCCAUGAUAAAUAACAGCGUCAAUCUGCCAAGAGUGGAUUUGUGUGCUAUCAUGUCGAAAGGUCUGAAAUCUGUUUGAAGCGCUGUAUUUUUGUAACGCAUAUGAACAGAGUUGCAUAUGUUUGUGAACCAGAACAGAUGAAUGUGCUUGGUCACUUAAGUCAUCCCCCAGAAGAUGGCGACAACACUGCCUCGGUGGCGCUAGGUGCUGCCCGAUUCGAAGAGUUCAGUCAUAUUCUUCCUUCCAUUCAUCCAUGUUUCUAUUUCAUCCACUUGUGUGACAUUUGAUGUUUUGGGUUGCUUGUAUCUGCUUGUAUUUCAAUUCAGGCACACCUGCUUUGACUUUGAAGGACAGCUUUUUAGGUGAUUGGCCCUAAGGCACACUUAAGUGGAGCAUGCUCAGGCUUUUGCAAAGAAGUGUUAGUUUCAUACCCAAGCACAGAUUACAUAAACAUGAGCACCAUUUUCACCUCUUAGUGAACUGCGUUCACAAUGCAGAUUGAUCUUGCUUGGCAGCGCCACGGGUCCAAGACGUUCGUGCAGCAUUGCAACAUCAUUUAUUAGCGUUUAGAAUAGAAUGUAUUAUUGUAGUGUAUGGUUGGUUGGGUGAAUUUAAAUUGGGUUUUUGCACACUAGUAUGUGUGCACACUACUUUCCGCAGACGUAAUUGGGAGGUGGGCAUGCAUCACUAAACUGUCGGUGUACUCAAUUUUGCAUGCUGAACAUCAAACAUAAAAAUUAUCACUUUUCUUGCACAGGACGGCCUAUACUGUUUUCUUACACCUUGCAAUGGACUGCAGCAAAGGCUACAAACCAUUAUAGUGCCAUGAACGUAUCACGCAACCGUGCGCACCAUGUAUCGCUGUGCCGCUCCUCAAGGUCACGGACACCCGCGCCAGCACUGGAUCGACUGCAAUGGCUCGUAGCACCUGCCGCGAUCCAUCGCAGGGUGAAGCGGAAGAAGUAAAGGGGCAUUUUAGGUCACCAAGGUGUCCAUUCUGGCAAAAGCACAAGGCAGUAGUUGCAGAAAAGUCCCACCAUUUUCAGCUCUUUGACCAGGUAUAGUUCCAUCUAAAAAAAGCUUUAAAAAAAAGCAAAAAAAAAAAAAACCUUGAUAAAAAAAAAGAAGAA